AUGUCAAGUAUUGGCUUCUCUUGUUCUUCAAUAAAUAAUACACGCAGUGGUGCGUUGAAAUUACGAAGUCACAUAAAGAUUGUUGCUAAUAAUUUUUUUAUAUGUAAACAUUUGAGUCUAACAUCUGUAACUCCAACAUCUGUAAUAUCUGAAACAGUGCUAACAAAUCCUUCAUCAUCAAAUGAAAGAGCAAAAGCAACUAUAUCAUCAUCCUAUAUGUCAAAUUCAGGUGAUGAAAAUCGUAAAAAUGUCAAAUAUAAACAAUCAAAAAAAAUGAAUCGAACAACAAUAUUUCCUGAACAACAAGAUUAUUUAAUUGUUGCACACAUUUGGUUUCAAAACACUCGAGCUAGAGAAAGAAAAGGUGAUAUUAAAUUUGAUCCAAAUUCAAAUCUAAAUGGUUUACUUAUUAAUAAAAUAUGUCUUCAUUUUUCAUUAACAUUUGAAUUAAAAUCAUCAUUUGAAAAUCUUUUAUUAUCAAAACAUAAUGAUUUAUAUAAAAGAAAAGAUGAAAUUGAUUUUGAUUUAUUUCCAUCAUCAUCUCAAUUAAAUGAUAAAUUUCCACUUGAUUUAUCUAAAAAAUUAAUUAAAACUGAAAUAUCUGAGAAUGAAUAUUUUACUAAUGAAUCGAAUAAUUCAACUGAUCAAUCAAGUAAUGAUAAUGAGCAUUUUAAAUAA